AUGAUGUCUUCAAUCUGGCUGUAUAUUAAAGACAGUUUCAUUCUAACUGUCCCUAUUAUUGCCUACUGUCUCCUCAAUCUGAUUAUCAGUAUUCGACUGUAUUUAUUUCCUAUCUAUAAAAGUCUGAAGAACGAGGUGAUCUUGAUAACUGGUGCUGGGAAUGGAUUGGGUCGAUAUUUAUGCGUAGAAUUUUCAAAAUACUGUCCAAGUAUUCUAGCCUUGGAUAUUGAUGAAAAAGGAUUACAUGAAACCGCUGAAUUAGUGUCCACUGUCACUGGAUGCUCAAUAAAAACGUAUACGUGUGAUUUGAAAGAUAAACAAGCAGUUGAUAAAAUCACUGAAUUGAUCAUUCAGCAAUAUGGUGGAAUCACAGUGCUAGUAAAUAAUGCUGGUAUUCUCAAAGGAGGACCAUUUCUAAAAGGUACUAUGGAAGAUUUUGAAGAUAUGCUCAAGGUGAAUACACUUGCUCAUUAUCAGCUAAUCAAAGCAUUUUUGCCAUCUAUGUUGGGCAGUGGAGAUAAUUGGCAGUUCAGCGAACAACAUCGAAAGACGCCACAUGGUCAUAUUGUUUGUAUAUCAUCUGUUUCUGCUGUAAUGCCUUUUCGUGGUUUACCUCUUUAUGGUUCUUCGAAGGCUGCAGCCUUAUCACUGAUGGAGUCAUUAGAACUGGAGCUUGCAAGUGUGGGGAUUACAGAUCAAAUUUGUAUAACAAAAGUAUUACCCUAUCUGAUCAAUACUAGUUUGAUUGGUGGAAUAAUUGGAAGCCGUUCCAAUAUAUUUCCUAUCAAUGAUACUGUUUGGUGUGCAAAGCGGAUUGUUGAAGGUGUUUUAAAAAAUGAACGAGUCAUUUACAUUGGGAGUUGUAUGCGUUUCUUUGCAAUACUGAAACUGUUAUCACCAAUGUAUGCAUACCGUUAUGUGAACAAAGUAAUGUCUGCCAGUGUUAUCUAUGCAAAGAAACCAUGCAACAACUGA